AUGGUCAAGGAGGAAGUGGAGGGGUCAAAGGCUGGCCUGGAGGCUGAGGAGUGGAGGCGCGCGCACCCCCGGAGCCGAAAAAUGAGCUGCGCCCUGCUCUGGCCGUUGCUCCAGCUCCUGCUCCUACUGCGGUCGGCGCGGGACGGCGUGCGCGCCGGCAGCCUCAGGCCCCGUGAGUAUCCCCGGCGACAGAGGAGGUCGGUCGCCUUCUGGCGAGGCCAGGGGGCUGCGGGUGAGAACUUCACCUCGGAUCUCCUUUCCUACAGGGGUUACCUGAUUGCAGCUCCCUCUGUUUUUCGCGCGGGCGUGGAGGAAGUCAUCAGCGUGACCAUCUUUAACUCCCCAUGGGAAGUCAUAGUCCAGGCUCAGCUGGUGGCCCAGGGUGAGCCGGUGGUGCAGAGCCAGGGAGCCAUCCUGGAUAAAGGGACAAUCAAACUCAAGGUGCCCACGGGCCUCCGGGGCCAGGCGCUUCUGAAAGUGUGGGGCCGCGGCCGGCAGGCGGAGGAGGAUCCCCUCUUUCACAACCAGACCUCGGUGACCGUGGACGGCCGGGGUGCCUCCGUGUUCAUCCAGACAGACAAGCCUGUAUACAGACCCCAGCACCGAGUGCUCAUAAGCAUCUUCACCGUCUCCCCAGAUCUGAGGCCUGUCAACGAGAAGCUGGAAGCCUACAUCCAGGACCCCAGAGGCUCUCGGAUGAUAGAGUGGAGACACUUGAAGCCGUUCUGCUGUGGCAUCACCAACCUGAGCUUCCCCUUGUCCGACCAGCCUGUGUUGGGAGAAUGGUUCAUUUUUGCUGAAAUGCAAGGCCACACGUACAACAAGUCUUUUGAAGUUCAGAAGUAUGUGUUGCCCAAGUUCGAGCUCCUGAUUGACCCGCCCCGGUAUAUCCGAGACCUGGACGCCUGUGAGACAGGCACUGUGCGGGCCAGGUAUACCUUUGGGAAACCCGUGGCUGGUGCCUUAACGAUCAACAUGACUGCUAAUGGUGUGGGGUACUACAGCCACGAGGUGGGACGCCCCGUCCUCAGAACAACCAAGAUCCUCGGCUCCCAGGACUUCGACAUCUGCGUGAGGGACAUGAUCCCAGCGGACGUCCCCGAGCACUUCCGGGGCAGGGUCAGCAUCUGGGCCACAGUGACCAGUGUGGACGGGAGCCAGCAGGUGGCGUUCGACGACUCCACCCCCGUGCAGAGGCAGCUGGUGGACAUCCGGUACUCCAAGGACACGAGGAAGCAGUUCAAGCCGGGCCUGGCCUACGUGGGGAAGGUGGAGCUAUCUUACCCAGAUGGCAGCCCCAGUGAGGGGUGACGGUCCAGACUAGGCGAGCUGACACCGAAGGAUAACAUUUACACCAGUGUAGCUUGGUCCCAGGUGGACUGGUGUGGGUUUGAAAUCCCCUCCAUCCCCACGUCAGCCCAGCACGUGUGGCUGAGGUGGGGUGAGUCCCAUGGACCCUUGUUAUUCCAGUAG